CGAAAAUGUCACCUGUCAUUUUCUAAUUACGUUUAGUAACAAUUUAAAUCUAAGGAUAAAUGACAAUAAUAAAAAUCUAAGAAAAUGUAGUUUAAUAUAUAGGGCGAUGUAUAUUUUAUUCAUAUUUGUGCCAAGCAAUAUUCUUAUCGUAAAAAAUUAAUAUAUAAAAUAGACUAUAUAUGUCAUGUUACGGCAGUUGACAUCUGACUCUUCCAAUUGCAACUUCUCGUGUGACUUAAGAGGCCAAUCCUUGAAACACCGCUGCGGUGUAUAUAGAAUAUAAAAAACAUACAAAACUAUGAAAAAGGUUCCACACCUCAAAACCAGUUGUGUAAUUGUCACAGUCAUUGGAUGAUCUAAAGUUCACGUCAUGUUAAGAGUUUAAAAGACACGUGGAAUUCCUGAUGUAGAAAACAGGAAGUAGAAUGAAUAAAGUUGUCUUUGAGUUCAGUCAAGUCAAGUCAGUAAGGUCUUGCUCCCAGUCCAGAAGGGUUGGACAUUGCUUCCUGGACUGGUGUAUAUAUGUAUAUAACAUGAAAGUCGAUGGACUGGUGAUUGUUGAUUAGUUAUAUUUGAGAGUUGAUUUCAUUAUGUGCUUAUUGAAUAUUAAAGUAUUAUUCGUAUUUCAAUGGAUAUCUAGUUGAAGCUCCAGUGUCACUAGUAGUAAUUGUUCUUAUUGUUACCCGUUGAGAUGCGGACGUGAUUAGUAACUACCCGCUGUUAUGCGAAUAGAAUUGUUUAUUAUUUCUUGACUUGUAGCACUAACAAGGAGUGCAGUGUAUUAUUAUUAUUAUUGUAGUAAAAUAAACUUCAUGUUUGUCUGCUGAAAUGGACUUAGCCUGUCAAAUCUGUAAGCCUGGAAUGACGUACCACAGAGACACUCACACUUGUAUGGCUGUUAUCAACUUGCAUAAAACGCAUGAACAAGCUGACAAAUAUUGUGCUGACGUCUAUUCAGGAGGACACUUAGUUUAUAUAUUGGACUUUAAGACAAAUAACUUUAUUGCAAAUUCUUUGUUGCCUGAUACAGAUUGGUAUCACAUUGGAUUGACGGACGCAGACAAAAACGGUCAAUAUAAAUGGAAAAAUGGGCAGAUUGCUAACUAUACCAACUUUCAUGAGACCCAAAGACCAGCAUAUCUAAAAAGUUAUGUGUUUAUGAAUAAAAAUGUAUGGCUGGAGGAUUAUAAUAGAGAUUUAAAAUCAAUUUGCCAAACUGUUGCAGAAAGGGAUGAGUUUUUCUUUCUAAAUCGUUCAGACUUUGAUAGUAGCACAUCAGAAACCACGGCUCUAGUAAAGAAUAUUUGGAAGUGUGGAAAAGUUGGCAUGGAAAACCAUUAUUUAGAAUUAUUAUAUCGAAAUUCUGACGAGACACUAUCAACAGUACAUUAUGUUUUUGGUAAAGAACUGAGUCACGUGAUGUAUCCAAACUGUAACAGUUCCGGUGUCUACGUCUGCCGGAUUACAGGCGAACGCAGUGUAAACGCUAUUUCCCUAGAAGGCAUUCUCAAAGUACAGUGCAAAGCGACAUACUGCAAGGAAGAUGUUUCAAACACAAACCUUCGUUAUUCUGUGAACACUGGGAAAACUGAAGGGAAAUUCUGUGUUUUUGUAUAUGGCACGCCUACGUUACUAUUGGUAUACAAAGCAGCAGAAAGAGAAUGGGUAUCAGAGAAGAUCGACGAGUCGAAAUACAACAUCAACUUCUCGUACACGGACGAGAUGUCAGCGCGUGGAGAAAUCUACGUACGCUUCUACAACGUGACGUCAUCUGAUAAUGGAAGAUAUUUUAUUUAUGUACGGAAUUCACAAGGUUCGGCACAACUGUAUUUCAACAUCACAGGUCCACCACAGUGUCCUAAAAGUCUAAUAUCAGAAGUGCUGAGCCAGGACACAGUCAGACUUACCUGGUCGCCACUAACGGACAAAUUAUCUAAACAAAAAUUUGACAUUUUUAGAGCUAUCCCGACAGAAGACGUCGUGGUAGCCACAGUCUCUAAUCAGAAUGCAGAGUCGAUAUCUUACAAUGUCACUGGACUAUCAGCCAACAUAAACUACAGUUUUUAUUUACACGUGGAGAGUGACCAGAUCGUGACACAGUGUAGUCACUUGACCACUAGUAUAUUAAUAAAAGGAUUGUCUGCAGACUCCCAAGAUGGUCAAUUUUCUGAAAAUAGCAUCGUGUUCUACAUCGUACCCAUAGUAGCUGUUGUGGUUUUGCUGGUCAUCUGUGUGGUCAUCAUUGUAUUGGUCAGAAAAAGAAAACAAAAUGCGAAUAAUAAGACGACAUUUACUGACCAGAAAGACUUUAAAUACAAUUGUGGAUCAGAGACUAUCUCCGCCCAGCAGUCCAGUCAACGAAAUGACAACAGCAGUAAUAAAGCAUUUGACCCAGUGUGCUCAACUGAGGUUGCUGAAAAUAUUUACAACAAUGUUCUUGAAAACAAGGCUCAACAGAGCGCCAAAGUUUUAAAACCGGCACGAAAGUCUGGUUCAUCGGUCAAAUUAAAGAACAGAGUUUCCAUGGCAACUGGAGAAAAUCAAGCCGCUACACUGCCUCUUGGGAAAACGCUGGUCACGUGGGACGACGAGAAGGAAGAUGUGAAUGUUUAUGAGAAUACACGAACCAAUGUAUCAAAAGACGCCCAAGAACAUAAAGAUAAUGAAGAAGAUAAGGCCAGUCCUUUAAGCGCAGAAGAAAUCCCAAACCUAGAGCUAGAUGGAAAAGAAGCUAAACCCAAAGACGUUUCUCGAACAGUUAGUCCUGAAGGUUUGGUCUACGUCAGUGUAGAAAUCAACACAAGUAGCAAAACCCCCAGAAUUGUGGUGCAAAAACCCAAAGUUAAAGACAAGGUGGACAAGAAGCAGACACAGGAUAAAAAGCAGAAAGAGAUCGUGAAAGAAGUCAAACCAUCUUAUGAGGCUGUGGAGUACAGCAGUCUUGACUAUCUGGCUACAUCAGUGGCGGCAACUGAAGAAGGUGUGGGGAGUUUAGCAGACACUGAUGCUAAAGAAUAAACAGGCUUUAAGAAAUGAACAAUAUUUACUGUUUGUAUAUAGAAGUUCGUUCAGGAAAAUCUACGUUCUACUGUUAUUCGAUGUUUGACGAUGAAUAUUCUUAAUACAAUAUAAAAUAGUUGAAUAAAAUAUUUAAAAGUAAUUGUCAUUAGAUAGAGCUGAUAUCUGAGACUUGAUGCAGGUACAAGGUUUGACUGUUCUGAUAUGUGUUAAUAUAUGAAAUACAAUAUUACCUGACACCCAUUUCCUAUAAUAUAUGCAAAAAGAAAAUGUUUUAAAAAUAUUUUACAUGUUUCGUAUGUUUCAUCAGAGUUGAAGAUAAUAUACUUCCUAGUCCAAACCUCUCGCAGGACAAGGGGGAGGGGUAGCGGUCAGGAUACAAGCCCGGGACCAUCGAGCGAUAAACUUAUGCCCUCACAUUUUAUAAACCAUCAGCUGUAAUUUGAACAAUUAAGACUUUCGUUCCUGAACUAAUGUAAUUUGGUAGGUCAUUUAUGUAAAUAAGAAACAAUAGUGCGCCUAAGACUGUUACUUGAUCUACAUCUAGUACAUCUAGAGGCGGACUGGAUACGGUUAAUGUGUUUGACCUACUGCACUACGUGAGUCAGACAUAGGACACAUGUUAAAUUGCUCCUUGACCUUGAGAGACUAUUGUGUCAAUAGACAUGGGACAGUACUAGUACUACCAUAUAGACUAUCAUAUCAUAUUGCAAAAUCAUUCGAGAUUGAUCACGUGAUUUAAAAGCCUGUGGAGAAACAGAGCCACGGUGUGUUAGGUCGAGACCAAUCGUCAUAGAAAGCCUGAACACUGACCUGCAACGUCGAAACAUGUGGGCAGUGGAGACCAAUGACUCGUUGCCAGGUCAUAGGUCUGUACAACGGGGCAACAUGCUAUUUGUUCUAAAAUGCCCACUGAUUGCGACGUUGCUAGCUAGGGUUAAGGCCUUCUAUAGUGAAUAGCCUCGGUCAGGUAGUUUACAUAAGACAACGGUUUACUCCGGUACUGUAAGCCCACAGUGGUGUUGUCGAGUGAAGCAUUAAAAGUCCAGGAUGAGAGAGACAGUAGAGUUUGGUACGGAAGUACGCUGAUGUACAGUAAAGCAUUUGCAGCCAGUAAAUCAUGUUGCCUAUUGUGUAGUAUAUGCUGUUAUUUAUUUGUUAUUAAAGUACCACAUUAUUUU